AUGCCACGGACACACGCCUCAGCAUCUACGUCACCUGUCUCGAGCUCGCCGCCGAACGUGCGGUCGCCUAUGGCUUCGACCGCGGCCGCGCGCCGGCGGUCGCAGCCGACGCUGCCUGGAUUCCGGGUCAAUACUCGGCCCAAACAGCGCAAGGUCGAAGAGCUGACUUUGCGGGAACUUAGGGAUACGUAUGAACGCAACGCGCGCAUACUCGCCCAGCCUGCGCCGUCGACGUCGACGUAUGUCCCCCGGCUGCAGGCGGAGCAGGCCAAGAUCGAGUCAAGGUUGAUCGACCUCGAGGGCGUGCGGGAGAUCCAGACGACGCUGCAGAGGACGACGCUGAACGAGGGGGAGGCCAUGAGCGUCGAUGGCCCCUCUGAUGCGCCCCAGUACCGCGCCAUUGACGCUAAACGCCAGGCCGCUUUCAGCGCCGUUUCACACGAUCCGCAUGCUCUAUCGCUACAGAAGGCUAUGCAACUCGAACAGGAGGCCGAAGCCCUCGAACGAGAACGCAAACAACGCGCGGAAGAGAAGCGACUGCGCGUGGGCAAACCAACGCCGGACGAAGUGCUCACGCGCCAGGAGCGCGAAGCACGCUUGUGGGCAUUCAUGAACUACAAAUGCUCCGACUCUGAAGAAGACGACGAAGAUGAAGACGCGGACGAUCCCGCAACCUGGUUCGAGGACGACCAGGAUGACGGGCGCAAGGGGCAGAAUCUCAUUGAGCCCGAUAACCCUGACGAAUUCGAAAUCGACCCGAACAUCAUCGCGGUCGAUUUUGGGCGCGCAUACGAGUUCCGCGAUGGCACAGGGGCAUAG